AUGGCUGACAAAACAAAACCCUCUAUUGUGGGGAUCUGUUUGGUAGACUUCCAUCAUAAGAGAGGACCAGAAGUUGAAUAUUGGCAUGGUUUGCCUGAAGGAACUGACGCAGCAGAUCUAUGGCCUAAUCUUCCCUUCCAAGCUUUACCUGAUGGAUCGCACUCGUUCGAGGAAUCUUUUACCUAUUUUACCUUAUUAUUCAAUGAAAAGAAUAAAAGAAGUCCUGUAAGUGCUACAGAUCUGCCAGAAGAUGAGUUAGAUGAUUAUACCACCUUUUUCGCUAUAUCGUGCUCAAGGCAAAUUAAAAGUGAUGCUUUGAAGACUAAGGAUAAAGAUGUUACAAGAUCUACAGUGCAGAAAUCUAUUGUCGUUAUUUCAAGGCAACCAUUACUUGGUCAAAUUAAGGAUAAGUUAAGCAUAGUAACAAAUGCGUUCUUUAUGCAACAUGAUUUCACCGAUAAAAGUUUGAUCGAUGCAUUAUAUAGUAACUUACAAACAAUGUAUGGUCCUUCUAUUAAUGCUACCGAAUCUUCUGAAAGUGAGGCUUAUGUCGGAUUAAGUUUGAGAAAAAUGCUUCAUGAUUUUAAGAAAGAUACAUUGGUCCUUUUAAAGGCCAUGUUAUUGGAAAAGAAAAUAGUGUUUUACAGUAGUAAUGCAGAAGUUAUCUGUAAUUUGCAAUUUGGUCUUAUUAGUUUAAUCCCAUUAUUAGUAUCUAAUCUUGAAAAUUGUGGUAGUCCGCUUCUUUUUAAGGACUUUUCUAAUCAUCAAGUUGCUGAUUCUUUUAAGACAAGUGAACGAAAACAGGUUUUGAGAUUCUUAGGGUUUCCCUUGCAGAUUUUUGAAAAAGGUGGUCUUUUCUCACCUUAUACACCUUUACAGCAAUUAGGUGACAUCAAAUCAAGUAAAACUAAAUACUUUCUAAUUGGGACAUCGAAUUCGUUGUUGUCAGAACAAAAAGAGGAUAUUUGUGACAUUUUCGUGAAUGUCGAUAAUUCAACGGUACAGAUAAUGGAUAAAGAAUUACACACAAUUUUACAACUGACUACCCAGGAUAAGAAAUGGAUGGACGGCCUAUUUUCAGUUGUUAAUGAUACAUGGGAUAAAAACGAUGAAGAAGUACCUACUUCUUCUCAAUUUGAGGGAAGCGAAGAUUUUAUAAGAUGGCAAUUUGAGGACUACUUAAGUGGGUUGGUUUCAAGCGUAAAAUUGUAUGACUACCUUAAUAAGAACAGCGAUACCGGUAACCUCUCGACAUUACAAGGUAUUUCAGACGAUGUACUGAGGUCAAAUCCUUGGAAUUCUUUUAAUUUAAAUUUUAUCAAAUGUUGGAAGGAAACACAGAACUUUAAAAUCUUCAUUUCAAUUACAGAUGAUAGAUUAUUUGAUGUAUUUGCUCCAAAACACAUAUAUACUGGUGGAGAUGCCUUUAAACAGCUUCAACAAAAGUUUAUUACGACUUUUCAGAACCUAAAGCACUCCAGCAGUCACCUAGACUUCAAUCGCUCCAAUAGUUCUGAUAAUAAACUUAAAUUUUUCAGAGAACAAUCAAAGGAGGAUCUUUCUUUGUCCCAAAGAAGUACACAUACCUCUUCUGAAGAGACCGCUUCAAUUAAAAGCAACAAGGAUCAGAAUAUAUGGGCAACCUGGAAGGAUUACUUUAACAGGAAAAAAAACAAAGAAAACAUGUCGUCGAAUGAUUUGAAAAGCCAAGACACGGUCCUUAUUGAUGACCAAAAAAGCAUAAGAUCACCAAAGAAGGCUCUCUUUGGGUUAGGUAUACGAUUUGAAGAGAAGCACAGAAAGAAAUCUUCAGAUGCUGCUAGCUCGAUGGAUGACUCUUCGAGCUUUUUCUCUCAUUCCAAAAGUUCGUACAGUGGAAAAGAUGGGUCCACUUCAUCAAACUCUGAUGAAAAGGACAAAGAAAACAGACAGGGUCAAGCUACUGUAAUAGAAAACAAUCAGAAAACAAUGGGGAAUGCAUCUACCUCAAAUAACCAAAACUCUCACUUCGAUAUUCUUGAUAAAAACGAUUCUACGUAA